CAACAGCACAGUUCAACUUGGGACUGAUCAAGUUUCACCAACCAUUCUUCUGUCCCUCUCCCAUUUAUGUUGUGGUCUGAAACAAGCUUGAAACUAUUUUGAGGCAGUAAGAUUCUAUCAUGACCGGAAGAGCAAGAUCAAGAUCCCGUGGCCGAGCAAGGGGACAGGACACCAUAGCUCCUGGGGCGUCUGCAGCGGCAGCGGCGCCUGAUCCCCUCCGCCAUGUCAUGCCCCCAUCUGAGGGGCAACUUGUGGGGCGUGGCCGGCAGAAGACGGCCCCUCCACCAGCCACUAUGGAAGCUGUGGCCCAGAUAUCGGCAGGGUUCCAGCAAGUGAAGAUCGGGGAGCGAGGAGGCCGCCGGCGAGACUUCCACGACUCCGAGGUCUUCACACGUCAGCAGAUGGAGCACGUGAAGGACUCCAAGAGUGGUUCAUCUGGCUCCCCGAUCGACCUGCGGGCCAACUUCGUGCGCCUGAUGUCUCGCCCCGAGUGGGUUCUGUAUCAGUACCACGUGGACUUCAACCCGAACAUGGAAUCCCGCAGGCUGCGCAUGGCGCUGGUCCACCAGCAGGAGGAGACCUUGGGCCCCUCACGCAGCUUUGAUGGAUCCAUCCUCUUCCUCCCGCAUCGGCUCCCUAAUACGGAGACAGUGCUGUGUGCUGAGACCAGGCAGGGAGAGAAGGUUCAGAUUAAGAUCACCCUGACAAACGAGCUGCUCCCCUCCUCUCCAGUGACCUUGCAGUUCUACAACAUCAUCUUUAGGAGGAUACUGAGGAUUCUGAACAUGCAGCAGAUUGGCCGUCAUCACUACAACCCUGAUGACCCGUUAAACAUCCCCCAGCACAGGUUGACCAUCUGGCCCGGCUUCCAGACCAACAUUCUCCAGUACGAGUCCAGCAUCAUGCUGUGCAUGGACGUUAGCCAUAAGGUGUUGCGCAACGAGACCGUGCUGGACUUCAUGAUGGGGCUUCGCAGGCAGUGUGGUGACCACAACUUUGCCGAGGCCUGUGCCAAGGAGCUGGUAGGCCUCAUCGUGCUCACCAAGUACAACAACAAGACCUACAGGAUUGAUGACAUUGCGUGGGACCACACCCCCAACAACACCUUCAAGAGGGGCGACACCGAGAUCAGCUUCAGGCAGUACUACAAGACGCAAUACAAUCUGGACAUCGUAGAUGGGAACCAGGUGCUGCUCAUCAGCAGGGUGAAGAAGAGGGGACCGGCUGGAGCCCCUCCCCCAGGCCCCGCUCUCCUCAUCCCAGAGUUCUGCUUCCUGACAGGCCUGACUGAUAAGAUGCGGAAUGACUUCAACAUCAUGAAGGACCUGUCCACCCACACCAGACUAACCCCCGACCAGAGGGAGAGUCGGCUGAACAGCUUUGUCGGAAAGAUCCAGAAGAGCUCACAGGCGCAGAAUGAGCUGACUCCGUGGGGUCUGAGCUUCGAGGACAAACUCCUGAGCCUGAAGGGGCGCGUGCUCCCCGCAGAGAGGAUCGUCCAGGGGAGCAGAACUUUUGAGUACGCCCCGUGGGCGGCCGACUGGUCCAAGGAGAUGCGUGGCGUGCCCCUGAUCAGCUGCAUGCCCAUGGACAACUGGCUCAUGCUGUUCACCCGCCGCAACGCAGACGUAGCCCAGUCGCUCCUGCAGACGCUCAACAGGGUGGCAGGACCCAUGGGCAUGCGCAUGGCACGAGCCACAAUGAUUGAGUAUGAAGAUCGCCAGGAUUCCCUGCUGCGAGCUCUCCAGCAGAAUGUUGCCCCAGGAACCCAGAUGGUGGUGGUGGUCCUGGCGUCUAACCGCAAGGAUAAGUACGACUGUGUGAAGAAGCAGCUGUGUGUGGAGUGCCCCACGCCCAGCCAGUGUGUGGUCGCGCGCACCCUCAGCCGCCCGCAGGCCCUCAUGACCGUCGCCACCAAGAUCGCCCUGCAGAUGAACUGCAAGAUGGGAGGAGAGCUGUGGAGUGUGGACAUACCGCUGAAACAGCUGAUGGUGGUGGGGAUUGAUUGCUACCACGACACACUGGCCGGGAAGAGAUCCAUCGGGGCUCUGGUGGCCAGUCUCAACCAGAGCAUGUCCAGAUGGUUCUCCAAGUGUGUGUUGCAGAACCGUGGACAGGAGAUCAUUGAUAGCUUGAAGGAGGCACUGCACGCUGCCCUGAAGGCGUGGUACAAGCACAACGGCUGCCUGCCGUCUCGCAUCAUCGUGUAUCGCGACGGAGUAGGGGACGGCAUGCUGCAGACGGUGGUCAACUACGAGCUGGCUCAGAUCAUGGAAUCCAUCAAGGCCCUGGGCCAGGAUUACGCGCCCAAGCUGACGGUGGUGGUGGUGAAGAAGCGGAUCUGCUCUCGUUUCUUCGCCCGCAUGGACGGCAAGCUGGCCAACCCUCCGCCCGGCACGGUCAUCGACACCGACGUCACGCGCCCCGAGUGGUAUGACUUCUUCAUCGUGAGUCAGGCUGUGCGUAUGGGCAGCGUCUCUCCCACUCACUACAACGUGGUGUACGACAGCAGCGGCCUCAAGCCCGACCACAUGCAGAGGCUCACCUACAAGCUGUGCCACCUCUACUACAACUGGCAGGGCGUCGUUCGAGUGCCAGCCCCCUGCCAGUAUGCCCACAAACUGGCCUUCCUGGUGGGCCAAAGCAUCCACCGCGAGCCAAACCAUAACUUGGAUGAUUUCCUCUAUUACCUGUGAUUGGACGAUCCCCGAUUUACCGAUGUUCUUUUUUUAGUGUUAAAUCUUUUUCUUUUUCAAGGAGGAAACAAAAUAUUUUAUAAGAGUUCUUUUGUAUUAGAGGUUGUUUGUUUUAUGUUGGCAAAUGUUGUUGACUUUUAUUUUUCUAAAAUUAAGUUUUUGAUUAGACUAUAGGUCAACAGUGGUUGAAAUUUCAUCAAUUACUUAUGUUUUUUUUGCAUUGAACCUUAAACUGGUGUACUUUAUGUAAUUGUUGCCCGUGGUGUAACCUUGCACUUAGUUAAAGGUACUUUUCAUAGUUCCUUUGUUGUAAAAAAAAUAAAUAAAAAUGCUUCUGGAUUCACCCUGA